UCUGCUCGAGUUCUUUGAUCUGAUACAGAGAGGUUUUGAGUUGCUGGCUGGGUUCCAAAAGUCCAUGGAGAGCUGGGGUGACGGCAUGGAUCGUGACGCGAAAGCGCCGCUCCUGUCGCCGAGAAACGGCGUCAAAAAUGGUCAGGACAAUGGGAAUGACGGUGCACGGGCACAAGCGAACGACAACAACGUUGACAACUCUGUUUCGGCUCUGAAGCAUGAGUUCUUCCUGAGGUUGCCGGCCAAGGUCCGGUCCGGGCUUGACCCUGAGUCCCCCUUCCAUCUCGACCUUUCCAAGACCAGUGGCCUCUGUGAAGGGGAGAAGGAAUACUAUGAGAGACAGUUUGCCACCUUGAGGUCGUUUGAAGAGGUUGAGUCUCUUAAAUCGCCUCACAUCGUCGAUGAAGAUCAGAGCAGCAAACUGCAAGCUCAACAUGAAAGAGCUAUGAAAAUAUCAAAUUGGGCCAACGUGCUCUUGCUCGCGUUCAAGAUAUAUGCAACCGUGAAGAGUGCGUCCAUAGCCAUCGCAGCAUCAACACUAGAUUCGUUGCUGGAUUUAAUGGCCGGCGGUAUCCUUUGGUUUACACACUUGUCGAUGAAAUCAAUCAACAUAUACAAGUAUCCUAUCGGGAAACUUCGGGUACAGCCAGUGGGCAUUAUCAUCUUCGCUGCUAUCAUGGCCACUCUGGGGUUUCAGGUGCUUGUCCAAGCCGUCGAGCAACUCAUCAGAAACCAACCUUCCGAAAGGAUGACAUCAGAGCAGUUAGUGUGGUUGUACACCAUUAUGCUGACGGCAACCGGAGUGAAACUCAUCCUUUGGAUCUACUGCAGACGCUCGGGGAACAAAAUAGUUCGUGCUUAUGCAAAGGAUCAUUACUUUGAUGUGGUGACAAAUGUGGUGGGUUUAGUUGCUGCUGUUCUCGGAGAUAAGUUUUAUUGGUGGAUCGAUCCAGCUGGUGCCAUAGCGCUUGCUAUUUAUACAAUAUCAAAUUGGUCUGGCACAGUUAUGGAAAAUGCCGUGUCCCUUGUUGGGCAAUCAGCUCCACCGGAAGUCUUGCAGAAACUGACAUACCUAGCCCUUAGACACCAUCCUCAAAUUAAACGAGUUGACACAGUUCGUGCAUACACCUUCGGCGUCCUUUACUUUGUUGAGGUAGACAUUGAGUUGCCUGAAGAUUUGCCGCUGAAAGAAGCGCACGCGAUCGGAGAAUCAUUGCAGAUAAAGAUCGAAGAGCUCCGUGAAGUGGAAAGAGCCUUCGUUCAUCUAGACUUCGAGUGCGAGCACAAGCCGGAGCAUUCUGUGCUCAGCAGACUCCCAAGCAGCCAGCAUUGACAACUCCGGCAACGAACUGGGCUUUCAUCAUUUGCAUUCUCUAGCACUUAAACGAACUUCAGAGUUUGGUAAUGUGUAAGCUAAAGGACAGAAGGAGGAACUGUUGGCCGAGCUAAUAUAUAGAUUGGUAUCUUCUGUGUGCUGAA